CACGAUAUUCACCUCUCAUUCAAUUCUGACUUCUCUCACCUCUAUCAAAACUCAAAUCCUCAUGUUUAUGAGUUUAUCCUUCUCUUCAACAAACCACACUUAGAUUCUUUUAUCCAAUUUUAGGGUUAGGAUUUCUCAAUACCUUCUUUGCGAAACCUGACCUUCUCCGUGCACCAAGAGACCACCGUGUCUCCAAAACUCUACAGCUACCAGGAUUAUUGAGCUUGAAUCCUCUUUGGAGAUAGAUAAAAGAAAAAGUCUCAAAAGGAGGUUACCACUGUUGCGGCGAAGAUGAAGUCCCGUGCUGAUGAGGUUUUGGGAUCCCUUCUUCAUUUUCACUGUAAUUCAACCACGCCUCUGAUUCACCCUCCUUCCUCCUUGCGAUGGAUUCCGUAUCGAAAGCCAGAGAACUCUGUACCCGUAUGUAACUGAAUCUUGUGUCGUUGCUAUCAAAUUCAAAGAUGGGAUUCUUAUGGCUGCUGAUAUGGGAGGUUCUUAUGGAUCUACUUUGCGUUACAAGAUUGUUGAGCGUUUGAAGCCUAUUGGAAAGCACUUCCUUCUUAGUGCUAGUGGGGAAAUAAGUGACUUUAAGAGAUUAUGCGCUACCUUGAUGAACUCAUCCUUAAUGACAACAUUUGUGUGACUGCUGUUGCUAUAGGGUUUAACAAGAUUGGCAUUAAUUACGAGGACAACCAUGUGGCAAAAAAGCAUGCUCAAAUUCAUAUGGCACUAGAACUGCUUCUGAACUUGAAUUUUUAUUUGAAAAAUAUUCAAAAUGUUAAUACAAGGCGAUGCUUAAGUGAGCUUCCCUCAUUUUUGUCUCCAAUAUUUGAAAGAAUAUCAUCAUGCCCAACUUUCAAGAAUGUUGACUCUGAUAGCAUAGUUUUGGAACAACUUAAGGUGGUUUUUCCUAGGAAAGAGAUGGUUUGUCCGCGUGCAGGUUCGUAAUUACAAGGCUUCGGCGAUACUGAUUGCGUGUGGUCAUGAAUUGUAUGCGUGUUGCAGCAUUACACAGAUGAUACUUCAAGCUUGGUUUCUUAUCCUUGAAAAGAGAAUCAUGUAGCUUUUUUGUAUCAUCAUUCAUGGCACAGUAAUAGAUUAAUGGCUGUGUUGUGUUACAUGGAAAUGAAUUACACAAUUUUGUGUUAAUGGCUGUGUUAUGAUUCAUGAUGUUAUCAUAUAUUCAUAAUUUUUUUUUA